AUGCAUAUUCAAUUCUUUAAACGGUAUUUCCAUCUGCAAUUGUUUAGUGGGUCAUUAUUAAAUAGAAAAACUGUGAAUGGUGCUAUCAAACAUAUAAACAAUUCUAGUUUGACUAAGAAAGAGAUAAACUUAGGUCUAAGUAAAGAAGCUUACGAUACCUUACCUGAGUGGAAGAAACAAAACAUAGCAUUAAAAAAGAAAUUCAAUGGAGAACGAUGGAAUCCAUUGAAAAAAUUAUCGAGACUAGAAAUGAAUAAUGUCAAAUUAUUGAAGUCUAACUUUCCUGAUAUGACAGCUACUCAACUGGCGAACCAGUUUAAAGUCUCUCCAGAGACUAUUAGGAGAAUUUUAAAGUCAAAAUGGACACCAAACGAAGACGAGAUAGUUAAACUAGAAGAGAGAUGGAAGAGAAGAGGUGAAAAGAUUAAUGAAAUGUAUAAAGAAAAUCUGAAAGUGGGUCAAGGACCUAGGCCAGAUUUAAUAGCAUCAAAUAAAAUCAUUAUUGGACUGUCAAGGAAUGUCGAUACCUAUCGAGUGACAAGAUCCCAAAAGCAAUAUAAUAAAUUCCCGAACCCAAAGACCAAACAAAACAAUAAGCAAUCUCAUAAUAAAAAUAAACUGUUUUUAUUACAAGGCAAAAAUGAAUAG